AUGGCAGACAAAAUAUGUAUCAUAUGUCUAGAGAAGGAGACGAAAUACACUUGUCCAGCAUGCGGAGCUAAAACGUGCUCUUUGGACUGUGUGAAUCGCCAUAAGCUUCGAUCUGAGUGUACUGGUAAAGUUGACCCCGCAAAGUUCGUACCUAAGAAAGAGAUCACUCAGAAUCCCUCGUUGAUAAACAGGGACUACAAUUAUCUACUAAAUUUCGAACGCAAAAUAGAUUUGGGAAUCAAAGAUGUGAAGUCAAAUGCUAAAAUGAUGUUCAGGCGACAAAUGGGUAACAACAACAAAAGGCAGAAAUUUGAUGGUGAAAACUUCGAAAACAGAAUCACUAGGAUGAAGAAAAAGUACAAUGAGCCGCAAUACUCCUUCAAGCGGGAAAACGUUCUCGUCAUACAUCUCCCGCCCGGAAUGUCCAGAGCUACGCAGAACAAAUCAGGGUAUGAUAAGAAGGCGGGAACAUAUGCCUGGACGGUCGAGUGGGUCCCUGUAGGAUCAAAAGGAACACCUCUAUCAGGCUUCAUCUCGUACCGUCUUAAGGAGGAGCUUACUUUGAAGGAGGCGCUCUCUCUAUCACAACUAGCAAAAAGCUUGGAAGUUGAACCUGAAAAUAUCUCGCCAAACUCACUUCGAUUUGGUCUAGAAAACGUCUUGGCAUAUGGCAAGCGUUCAAUCAUCUCUUUGAACAGUGACGACACAUUAUGUAAGGCGCUUGCCAACAAAGCGGUUCUUGAAUUUCCCAAGAUCUACGUUAUGUCAGAGCCGGAAAUUUGGGAAGAAUACACACAAAGUGAGAAAGAAGCCUACGGGCCAGAGAGUGAUCUGGGUGAAGACAACGCAAGUUCCACCGACCCCACUAGCAGUCUGGACUCUGAUUCCACUAGCGAUUCUGAUUCUGAAUCCUCAGACGAUUCAGAGAGUGCCCCUGAAGAGGUCUCCACGAAGAAUGAACAUAAUGUAUCACAAGAAUCCCAAGGAAAUCAAACUGAGCCCGGGAUAGCCAACACUGCACCUGAAACUUACGAUGAUGAGGAGGAAGGAUUCUCCGCUUGA